UUUUACAAUCUCGUAAUCUGUUGAAAAUGUUUGAUUAAAUAUCUGUAACAAAUGUAUUACUACUUCUAUUUUCGAGGACUCUAAUUUUCUAAAUUAUUGUCCGUUUAUAUUUGCCAAACUUUUUAAAUAGUCCUUAUACAAAUUUUAAUUCAUGUGAUUCAGCAUAAGUAUAACAAAAACAGUGAGGAUUGGUACAUUUUUCGAUCGUGAGAAAAUAUAAUAAUUUAAUUAAAAAUGACAUCCCGAUUCAGUGGAGCAUUACAAAUUUCAAAUUUGGAUGAUUUCAUCACUCCAUCUCAGGAAUGUAUAAAACCUAUAGAAAUUCAAGCAUCGAAAUCAAAAACUGGUGCAAAAAUAAAAAUCGAAGAAGAUGGGACACCUAUGAUGUUAAAUGAUGCUGGACAACCUGAGAAGUUACAAAAAGUUGAAAUCACACUUACCGAUUGUUUGGCUUGUAGCGGUUGCAUUACAUCUGCAGAGAGUGUAUUAAUUACACAACAAAGUCAAGAAGAAUUAUUGCGUGUAUUUAGAGAAAAACAGUGUCAAUGUCAGAGUGCGGACGGUACAUGUUCAACCUAUAUAGUAGUUAGUCUUUCUGUACAAGCGGUCUUGUCCAUAGCAGAACGUUAUAAUCUAAAUCCAGAAGAAGCACAACAAAAAUUAGCUGGUUAUUUUUAUCAAUUGGGAGCAGAUACCGUGUUAGACAUGACUGAAGCUGAUGAUUUUGUUCUUCUAGAAAGUGCUAAAGAAUUUGUAGAACGUUACAAAGCAGCUAAAGAAGGCUUAAAAAAUCAGUUACCAAUGUUAUCUUCCUCUUGUCCAGGCUGGGUAUGUUACGCUGAGAAAACUCAUGGUAAUUUUAUACUUCCUUAUAUAAGUAUAACAAAAUCUCCUCAACAAAUCAUGGGAUCGUUAGUUAAAUAUCACUUGGCCGAAACUAUGGUUCUUCCGCCAGAACAAGUAUAUCAUGUAACUCUUAUGCCUUGUUACGAUAAAAAAUUAGAAGCGUCUAGAGAAGAUUUUUACAACCAUGAAAGAAAGUCUAGGGAUGUAGAUUGUGUUAUAACGCCAAUUGAACUAGAACAAAUGCUUAACGAGAACAAUGUGAAAUUAAACGAAAUAAACGCGAAGAAAAUUCAAAGACCUUUUGGAUCGCAAACUGCUAAUUUGAGAAACGAAUUAUAUGGUCAUAGUGGUUCAGGAUCUGGCGGUUACGCCGAUUUUAUUCUUCGUUAUGCUGCUAAACAUUUAUUUGAUGAAGCGGAUAUCGCAGUUGAGUUUAAGAGUCUCAGAAAUCCGGAUUUUCAAGAAGCAGUUUUCCAAAAAGAUGGACAGACCCUUUUAACAUUCGCAAUUGCUAAUGGAUUUAGAAAUAUACAAAAUCUUGUACAAAAAUUGAAAAGAGGAAAAUGUCCAUACGAUUACAUCGAAGUUAUGGCAUGCCCGUGUGGUUGUUUGAAUGGAGGCGCACAAAUUAGACCCCCGAAUAACAUUCAACCACGCGAGUUAGCACUGAAAUUGGAAUCUGCAUAUCACCAACUUCCUCAAAGUAAUCCUGAAGAAAAUCAGGUUGUUCAGACUUUAUAUAAAACUUGGUUAGGAGGAGAACACACAGAUAAAUCUUUAAAUUAUUUCCACACUCAGUACCACGAAAUAAAAAAAAUGAAUACAGCUCUUGCAAUAAAGUGGUAAUUAUAACAGAUAAAUUAGAUUUAAGGUUGUAUGUAUACUUUAUGCUACUGAUACAUUAUCUUGUAAUUAAGUUAUUAUUGUCUGAAAAUAUAUCGUGA